AAUAGCAACACAGAAUGGCGGACUAUUCAAACGCCUUCGUCCGAUGUAGGACAAAAGAUUACACACAAGAUAACAGAUAAGAUAACUCGCACUGAUAACUCAUUUGCGUCGCGCCGCGCACCAAAAUGGUGCCACCGAGUGCAGAGAGGCCACGCAAUGUGGAAGACCUACACCUGGACAGGGUCGUGGCUUCACAGCCGGAGAUCGGCCCCACACCCCCCGAUGGCGGCUACGGAUGGCUCAUCGUUGCCUCCGCCGCCGUCUACCACAUCACCGUACCAGGUCUCUUCACGCUAUACGGCUUGGUCAUCCUCAAAGCCAUCAGGGAACAAGAUCACGAAGUGGGCGAGAAGAUAAAGAUAUGGCAAGUGGAUAUCGCGCUAGUCCCAGUGAUAAUGGUGGUGAUGAAACUGUUGUUAGAGUCGUGGUGUCGGACGGUGGUGAAACUGUUCAAUAUGCCUCGGUUUAUGGCGUUGUCAGGCCUGUGUAUGACGGUAGCAGGGGUGCUUCUGUCGAGUUUCUCGACGACUACGGACGACAAUGAUCACAUAGUGAGCGUCUUUGCCGGGAUCUUUGCGGGCUCAGGCUGCGCGUUGACCGGCCAGCAGGCUGACGUGAUCAUCACACACUACUUCCGAGACAGGCUGACCACCGCUCAACGCAUCGUCAGAAUGGCACCCUCUCUCGGCAACUGCCUCAUACCCCUCCUAGUAGGCACUCUCUGCUCGCGCUACGCCGCAGACGCUGUCGUCACGGUAUAUGCAGCCAUUUUAAUGCAAAACUGCUUCUUCCUGGCUUCCUUUAGUAGACCAAUUUAUAUAGAAAAGGUCAUCCGAAGCACGUACAAUAUGCUGAGAGAUGCCGUGGAGGAUGAAGAUGAGGUGGUGUUUUCUAAUGAGGAACGACCAGAAUCGACUCAGAGGAACGUAGAUGUGCAGCCGGGGCGAAGUCAACAGGACGAAAACGAUGACAGUAUAGUCGUAUUCAAAUCGAACAAGAAUGCCAAGGAGAUCCUCUCUCCCGAAGUGGCUAGCCGAGAAGAAAUUACAGACAACCGCAGAUUCUCCUCAGAUUUCAGCUCGAUGGCGUAUGAAACACCAAACCGAAAUUCCAACCGCUUUUCGUCUGACUUCAGCAACUUUGACGCAACGCAGUACAACCGAGUCAGCGGCUACCAAGAGCUGGAAAACAUUGAUAGGGAAAACCAGAACCCUCAGCCUUUGUACAGAGAAACUACAGUAGAUGCCCCAGUGGAGCAGUCCCUAGCAUACGCCAUAAACCCUGACAUGACGGCAGGGACAGCCAGACGCACCGCAUCAGUGAAGAAAAACCUCAUCACUCUGGCUAACAUGCUUCGAGAUCUCAACUUCUACCUAUACAUCUUGCUACAUCUGUGCACCACAUACUCCAUAUUGAUAUUAGGGUUGGUGCUUCCCUUGAUAAUUUGGGAGAAAAACCCCUCGUUGAAUGUGUGGGGCGUGGCAACCCUAGUGGCGCUGGCUCACGGCACUGCUAUCUGCUUCAUCAUGAUGUGUGUGGUUCUGCCGAAGUCUAUCAAUGAGAAGGCGAAAUUGUGUGCUAUGUUUUGCUUGACUGGCGCUCUGGGAUUUUAUGGCAUAUCAAUAACCAGCAACAAGAGUUUCCUAGUCGUCUGGGCGAUGAUGGCCAGCUUCUCUUCAGCAUCAGCGAGCAUCCUCCAGCAGCCUUUAUACAACAACUUCAUCAACGAAUUCGACACUACGGCGACUACGGCCGUCGCCAACACCGUGGUAGCAGCCUUCGUUAUGCUCUGGGCUGUGGUGCACGACUAUGAAUACGGCACCUGUUUUGUUAUAGCUAGUGUUUUGCAAGUGGUGACUGGUGCAGUGUUUCUGGCGUCGUCGUUUAGAAGGCAGAGAAGGUAGUGGUUGGGGAGUAUAGAGUGAGUUGCUAAAUGUAUCGCGUGAACUUGUAGGGUGUUGAAAGUUUUUUGUUGUUGCAUUUAGUUUGGUCUGCUCUUUCCGUACAUAUUGAUAAAAUGAUUGGUUUCUUAAAUAAAAUAUCCCACCUAAUAGUUUGUUUAUUGGGUGGGGUGGAAAAGCCUUUAUUUGAAAUUUUAGUUAAGUACUUAACUACUAGCUAGGUACUAUCAGUUUGCAUUAAUAUAUUCAUGUAUGUCGAAUUAAGGUAACUUUCCAUUUUAUGAAUAUGUAUUUUUUGAUAAGGAUACAUUGCUAAUAAAGUUGAUAAUGAUAAGUUACUGGUGGUGUACAUAAUGUAAGAAUAAGUUUUAUAAAAAUACUUAGCUAUAAGUUGAAUGUAUUUAUUUUAUUUACACAGUUCUUGGAUACAAUCGCUAAAUUUAAGUACAUGGAGUUAUUUUCAUAAAAUAAUCAUAACGACUGAUUUGUUUUCUAUAAUUUUAUCAAUAAUAGUUAAAUAAAUUAUUUUCUAAGGA